AUGUCAACCAUGUCAAACAACGUCUCUUCUUCCCCAGCAAACCAGCCUGAUAAGAAGGGUAAAGAGAAAGUUAAUUUUGAUGAAAUGAACAAGGACAAGCAGAUUCUAGUCAACGAACCAAACGUUCCAAACAACAUGAACAACAAGCGCAAAGCAAUCAUGUUAGGAGAUGAUCAUGAUCAUCCUAAUACCGAUGGUUCUGCUGCUGUUACCGAAGAUGGAAGUGAUUCCACUAAAGAACAGGAGCCCAACUCUGACAAAACUCUCAUUAUUGGUAGCCAGAAUUCACAAAAGAAGAAAAUUUCAUACAAUUGCACCUUUUGUGACAAGAGCUUUUCUUCCGCACAAGCUCUUGGGGGUCACCAAAAUGGUCACAGAAUGGAGAGAAUGCAACAGUCCCAUAACAAAAAUAGCAGUGUAAAUGAUGGGAUCCAACUCUUAAAUAACAUGACCAUGGGUGCGGGUAUGAACUCAUCAUCGUCAACAAGCUCCAUGGAGCUACCGUCUUCGCCAACCAUCCCUUCUUUUAGGCCCUUCUUUAAUGGGGAACCUAAUAUGAUGAUCAUGGGAUACAAUAAUAAUAUUAUUAAUAAUGAUUAUCAUCCUUAUCAUCAUGGUUUAUUCCAGAACAAUGGAGGGAGACCAUCAAACUUUUUCAGUCCUGGCCCUGUGGUUGGUGCAAAUAACAAUUUUGCAUACCCUCGUGUUGGUUCUGCUUUUGAUGCAGUGGGAGUUGGAAACGUUGGUGCAUUUCAGCAUCCAUAUGAAUUUCAAACAAGAGGCCUCAAUGAUGCUGCAUCAGUGAACCCUGGACCUGGUGGUACAUCUCAGCAUCCUCGUCCUGCUAUGGCUGCUGUUGAGAUUAGCAGAACUAGAAUUGGGAAUAACAACAACAAUAAUAACGGUGGUGUCGAAAGGCAGAUUGUGAAUGAGGCCUGUGAGACCCCACAGGGUGAAUUUGAGUUUGUUUUGCUUCCAUGUGCAGCAAGAAACAACGAGAAUAAUAUGGUGGAGAUUGACUUUGGUCUGGUUCCAAAGAAAGACGAAAAUGGAGAAGCAAAAGAAAAAGCCGCGUCAGAGACUGAUUGA